CAUUAGCCUGCAAAGAUUCACAAAAACAGCUUAAUUAUUUUUCUAGUGCUGAAAUUAUUAUUAAAGGUGUUGGCAUUCUUCAAGAAUAUCAACGAAUUCUUGAUUUUCCAGAGAUACGUUUAAAAAAAUUAAAAGAAGUUCGAUGGCUUGGCUGGUAUGAUGCCGUCGAAAAUUUUGUCAAAACAUUACCUGCUGUACUUUUACAACUCCAAACUUAUGACA